AUGGCUACUAAAAGAACUAGGAGUUCUGUAUGGAAUCAUUUUGAAAAAGCAGAUGAUCCAGAGUAUGCUGUAUGCUUAGUGCAAGGUUGCAAAACAAAAAUAAAGCAAUCAUGUGGGAACACUAGCAAUCUUUUGAAACACCUCAAGACAAAGCAUGGAAAGGAGCAUCAAGAGUGUAUGGAUGAAAUGAAAGCUUCAACAGAGAAACGAAGGAAGACAACAGUGGAUCUUCAACCUACUCUUGCUCAGACACUGUCAAGUACAACUCCUUAUCCUAAAGACUCAGCCAGGAAACAGAAGCUAGAUAAAGCAGUAAUGUCAAUGAUUAUCACAGACCUCCAGCCUAUGUCGAUAGUUUCUGAUCCUGGAUUUCAAAAUCUAGUCGAGACACUAGAUAAAAGGUAUGUACUACCAAGCAGACCUACUAUUACAAGACGCCUGCCAGAGCUUUACAGUGAAGUCAAAGCAAAGCUACAAACAGAGCUUGACAAAUCUGCUACUCACAUUGCUGUCACUACAGAUAUUUGGACUUCUCUUCAAACGAAAUCUUAUUGUUGUGUAACAGCACAUUACAUCACUCCUGCAUGGGAACUCAAAUCAGUCUUACUAGAGACUUUUGAAUUCAACACAGAGCACACUGCUUCUCAUAUAGCAGCUGAACUGAAUCGAGUGACCACUGGCUGGAAUAUCAAUGGUAAAAUCAUCUGCGCUGUUACUGAUAAUGCCAGCAACAUGGUUGCAGCAAUUCGGGAAACUGGUUGGAGGCAUUUACCAUGCUUUGCGCAUUCCCUCAGUCUUGUGGUACAAGAUGCCAUGAAAGCAGAUGAAGACCUUUACAUCAUCAAAAAUAAGUGUAAGGAUAUCGUUUCACACUUCCACAGGAGUGCUAAGUCCAGUGAUAGAUUAAGGAACGUGCAGAAGCAGCUUGAAGCACCAGAGCACAAGCUGGUACAGGAAGUCUGCACAAGAUGGAACUCUACUUAUCUCAUGUUUGAAAGGUAUGUGAAACAACAUGAGGCUAUUACUGCAGCUUUGUGCUUUCUUGGCCAUAAUGAUCUCUGCCUUUCUACCGAUGAAGUCACAAAAAUUUCUCAUGCCAACAGUGUUUUAGCGCCAUUUCUGGAAGCAACAGAAAACAUCUCUGGAGAUCACUACGUAUCAGUUUCAAUGAUAUUGCCACUGAAGAAAUUACUUCAUCAACAGUCUUCAUCACAGCAGUCAUCCUCAACAUUAGCUAAGAUCUUAGCUGAUGAAAUACACCGACGAUUCUCUUCACUAGAAACAUCGUAUGUGACUAGUGCAACAGCGCUACUUGAUCCCAGAUUUAAAAAAAUCCCAUUCUCUUCCUCAACAUAUAUUGAGCAAACUACAAAUCGGAUAGUUGGAGAAAUGGCAGCCCUUCCCACCACUGCUGACAGUUUGCCAGAUGACCAAUCUGAAUCCGAUGCCCAUGUCACAUCAUCCAGUUUGUGGAGCUCCUUUGAUGAGAAAGUAGCUCAAUCAACAUCUCACAGAACUCCAGCAACUGAGUGCAUUAUAGAAAUAAGAAGGUACUUUGAGGAACCGAAUAUAGAGAGGAGCUUUAAUCCAUUAGAAUGGUGGAAAGCCAAUGCAAUUCGUUUUCCGAGGUUGAGUAAGAUAGCCGCAAAAUAUCUGUGUAUCCCUGGUAGUUCAGUUCCAUCUGAAAGGCUCUUUUCUAAAGCAGGGCAGCUAGUGUCAGAGAGAAGGAACCGCAUAAAGCCCAAGAACAUCGACAUGAUUCUUUUUCUGAACCACAACAUCAAACUAGUCUAG